AUGACGCAUCUAGGGUGUAUGGAAAAAUUUCUGAUACUCACCUUGAGAAAUCACAAGUCGCAAUGGUCCCGACCACUCGAAUUCCUAUGGUUGCUCUUUUCGCCAGUGAUCCUUGUGUUCCUUGCAGUACUGCUGCGACUGACGGUGGGUUCCAGUGAACGAGCGGACAUAUUUUUCGACCUCAUCGACAUUCAGCGCAGUUGGGAUGAACUUAUCGACACAAUAGAGGAGCGCCAGAAAGUGGCGAGCGCAUUAAACGUGAGUCUCAACCCGUUUGUGCCACAACUUGUCGUGGCCUGGGCACCCAAUGAUUACGAUAUCUUUCUGAAAACAAUGGAGAUCGCCAGUGGGAAAUUAAAGCCGAUGCAGAUGCGGCAAUUCGGGGAUUGCGAGAAUAUGGCGAAAGCCAUAAAAGAGGACUCACUUUUUGCCGGCAUCUGCUUUGAUAUUGGAAAAUUUGAUAAGAAGUACAAUUUCAGCGGAAUAAAGCUACAUGCGGGGCAUCGUAUUACGCCCCACUUCAACUAUUCGAUAAUAUUUCCCAGCGAGCUGCGCAUUUUCAACCACACCUUUAUUGGGGCCAACUGGAUGACGAUCUUUCACGAUGAUCCCAAGAGUUCCAUACUGUCACGCCUCAAGAUGCCAUACUGUGGCGGUUAUGUGGGCUACGUACGCGAAGGCUUCAUAAAAAUACAGAUGGCCAUCACUGAGUCAUUUUUGAAAGUUGUGUCCAAAACCCAAGUGCCGAAGUUUUCCCUGAGACGUUUUCCCAUUAUCGCCAGCAAGUAUGAUCCCUUGAUGGACUACAUAAAUCGAGGGCUAGCAAUGUUAAUCAACAUUGGAUUCCUGUUUCCAGCCCAGGUCUUGGUUAAGCAAAUAAUACGGGAGAAGGAUUCCACAAUGCGCAUAUUCUUAAUCAACAUGCGAUUUGGAAAUCUUCUACAAGUCUUUACCUGGUACUGUACGGGUCUGGUGUACAUGAUGCUCAGCUCCUUACUGAUUUCGCUGAUGGUCAAGGUCCAAUGGCAUUAUAGUAGUGCACUGCUCACGGAAACCCCGUGGUCAGUGGUAGUGCUGGUGCUACUAACGUAUAAUAUGGCAGCAACUGCGUUUUGCAUUGCGAUCGCUUCGUUUUUUGUAAACGUAUACACAGGCAUUUGUAUGCUGACCAUUAUUUGGAUCUUUACAUAUCUCCCAUUUUUAUUGCUGUGGAAUAAUCCCGAAAAGACAGUGGUUGCCAUACGCUAUAUAGUCAGUGCAUUUCCCAACACAGUGGUUUCCCUGACCUUUGAGGGUCUAAUCGAACGCGAGCUGAUUGUGCAAAAGCAAUGGAAUGAUAAGGGCUACUCCCUCAAUUAUGCCGCCAAUCGUAUAUCUGUUUACCAGGGCACUUGGAUAUUCUAUGCCCAGACAGUGAUAUAUUUUCUGCUCGGACUUUACAUGGAAGUGUGGCACACGGGUGAGCUGAGGGGCCAUCGUACACGAAACCGUCCUAAUCCACACCGUACCAGUGCCUUCGAAAAUGACCCCAACAAUGCGGAAUACCUCAACGAUUUCACACCCCAGAUACCACCCCGAAUCGGCGUUGAUUCGACGAAAAUUUACGAGGUGGAGCCAUCGCAUCGCCGCUUUCGAGUCAUAAUCAAUAAGCUCUGCAAACGGUAUUUUGUGAAAGAGCGUGCAGCCCUCAAUUUAUUCACCUGGAACGUCUACGAGAACGAGGUGACUGUACUAUUGGGGCACAAUGGUUGCGGCAAGACAACACUGCUCAAGGUAAUUGGUGGGCUGCUCGAGCCAAACCGCGGUACAGUCAUAGUGGGUGGUUUCGACAUCAAAUCAGAGCGUGGCGAGGCUGCAAUGCUAAUGGGCUUGGGAUUGAAUGACGAUCUGCUCAACUUCGAUCUUACUGUUCUCGAUCAGAUAAGAUUCACCUGCCGGAUCAAGGGCUUACCUCGCAGCGAAAUCAACGAGGAUGUCAAAUUCCUCAUGGAAGCCCUGCAAAUGGAGCACUUGAAGCAGCGCGUCAUACGAUCGUUGUCGCCUCGAGAACGCAGCAUCGUGAAUAUAGGGUGCGCCUUUGCAGGGAACAGUUCGAUUAUACUGUUGGAUGAUCUCCACUCAGAUCUGGACCUGCCCACGCAAUCGCUCAUUUGUAAACUGAUAAACGAAGAGAAGUCGAAACGCACCAUCCUCAUAGUCUCCAAUUCAACUAAGCUGGCAGUGCUUGUGGCCGACCGUAUUGCGAUCAUGUCGAAUGGGGAGCUCAAGUGUACGGGAAGUAAGCCCUUUCUGCGAAAUAUGUAUGGCCACGGAUUCCGGCUGGUCUGCAUCAAAGGCAUAAGUUGCGAUGUGGAGAAGUUGACCGAAUUCCUCGCCCAACAUAUACCUGAUAUAAUGGUUGAGAGCGACGUGGGUCAGAAGAUAUCGUAUGUUCUGGAAAACAAAUAUGAGGAUGAUUUCGAUGAGUUGCUUGGGAAUCUCGAGAAGAAUAUGCGUCGGCUGGAUUUGGUAAGCUUUCGUGUACGCGAAACAUCGAUGGAGGAGAUUUUUUUACGGUUUGGCGGUGAGCUCCCCGAUGAGCCAGAAGAGGUGGCAACUGAUACCGUUUCACUAAUCCAAGAAUAUAACAGCAUUCUCGAGCAACGUGCUUUGCUAAUGGGUGGAAAAAAUCGGUUCAAAAGACAAAUGACCGCUCUGAUAUACAAGUUGUGGACGAUGAGUAAGCGGUGGCUGACAAUCAAAAUUCUUAAUUUGGGCGCCUUGAUAAUAUCCACCAUAUUUCCGUUUGCUGCCAUUCUACUGUAUGGCAAAUACUAUCAAUUAACCCCGCUGUGCUACAAUCUGACACAGUUGCAUUAUAUUGAAGCGUUCGUUGAGUCGUUAUCUGAGAGUCCGGAGGCACUGGAGUUCCGAGACUCGUAUGCGGAAUUGCUUUUCUGGUUCGAUGCUCAUAUCCACAAAAUACCAAUAUCAUCACAGCACAACUCUGUCUUAACUCAGCAGGAUAGUCCAUUUCUAAAAGAUAUAAACUUCAAAUAUAUGUUUGGCGCUACCAUUGAGACCGAAUCGAUCACAGCGUGGUUUAAUAACAUACCUCUACAUGCGGCACCGUUCAGUCUAAAUGCGGUUCAUAAUGCCGUAGCCAGAGUCAUUUUCAAUGAGGAGGCCUGCAUUGAUGUGAGCCUUGUACCCCUGCCAUUCGUUGACACGCCGGUGAACAUGUUCCCCCAGUCGACGCUCACCCUGGGAAGCUUGCUGGCGAUCAACCUGUCGUUCUGCUUCUGUUAUGUGUGGCCGAUGUCCGCAAUAUUUCUCAUACGGGAGCGCUCUUCAACUUUUAGGCAGGUUCAGUUCCUGUCUGGGGCACGUCUGUUGUCGUUCUGGCUAAGCGUGACGAUAUUCGAUCUCGUUCAGGUGAUCUUUGUUACCAUCUGGCUGAUAUUACUUACAGCAUUUUUUCUAAAUCCGCGACUGGAUUUAAUGUUGAUUUGCUGGCUGUUGUUUGUGGUACUUUUGGCAGGGUUGUCAGUUACGUUCACAUCCUACUGCCUUUCAAUGUUCUUUACGGAUCCCAUCACUGGCUACAUAGCGAUCUCGUUGGUUAAUGCCCUGGGCGUUAUCACAUUCACCCUGAUCGUGACCCAGUCUAAGGAGGUGCUCCACAAUUUGCCCGACCAGUACCAAUUUCUCACGCAAUACACAUUCGGAGAGAUCCUCUUCAAGCUCUUUCUCAUCUAUGAGACCAAAGAGUUCUGCAAGGAUCCGUACAUAAGCUUCAUCUCCAAGGACAUCAUGCAUUGCUAUGACAGGCCGAACUGUUGCAUUGACUAUACUUAUUGGGGUUCCGAUAAUGGGAUUCGAUUUGAGUUUUUCAUCAUGCUGCUAACGAUUGUCACACCCUGGGUCGCUAUAAUUCUCAUUGAAUUGUAUAGCAUUAAGCUCUUACCCAACUGGCACAGAGAUAAUUUAAAACUAGCCAGACAGAUCGAGCAAGACGACCACAAGGCAAGACAUGGACAAAAUGCCGAGUAUCCGAUGGAUGAAUCGGUCAUCAGAGAGCGUCAGCUCGUUCAGCACAUACACAGCGGGAAUCGACAAUUCUUUGCGGUUGUCUGUGAAAACAUUUGCAAGCGGUAUGGCAAGAAAUGGGCGCUCAACCGUUUAUAUCUGAGAAUUAGCAAAGGCGAAUGUGUGGGUCUGAUGGGACUGAAUGGCUCGGGUAAAUCGACAUUAGUAAAGCUACUGGUUGGGGAAGAAACCGCCACACAUGGAUCCAUCUGGAUUCGUGGUCUCAACAUAAACAAAGAGCGCUCGAAAUGCUUUCCGAUCCUGGGCUGUACCACGCAGUCUUACAAUCUGCCCAAUGAGUUCACGCCGCGUGAGAUUAUGGUAAUGUGUGCCAUGCUCUACCCCUACCCCUACGACGAGGCGGAGCUAAUCUGCGAAGCUCUGGCGCGCAUGUGUGGCUUCCAUAGUAGCUACGAACGGCCGCUCUGCUACUGCACGACAGGCCAGUACCGUCGUCUCACCUUCGCACUGGCUGUUAUGGGCGAUCCGGUUCUGGCGUGCAUAGACAGUGUACCGGCUGGCAUUGAUCCCAUAGGGAAGCGCAAUAUUUUCCAAAUCACGACCAGUUUGCAAAAGCGUGGCGUCGCUUUCCUGUACACCACCCUCUCGCCAAUCGACACCGAACACCUGUGCCAACGCACGCCGGUGAUCUAUAAAGGAAAGUUCUGGUCGAUCGGGGUGCAUGGAGACUACGCGCAUCGCUAUAAGCCUGGCUAUCAAGUGCAGGUGCGCUUCAGGCGAAAAUUUGUGUACACCUUGCCGGUGAGUGUGACGCGACACAACUGGACUCGGGUUAGUCAAUUUCCAAUGACGCCGCAUGAGAGAUUUUCCCUCUAUAUGGAGGAAACAUUUCCCGAAUCGACAUUGAUCGACCAACAUGAGGACAUCAUGAUUUAUUACGUACCACUCGAGUCCACCACGUUUUCGCGAAUCUUUCUAUACAUACGCAAACAAGCCUUCGAAAAUAAUUUGGAAGCCUUUUACAUAACACGUAACAUGAUUCGAGGGACGAACAUGGAUAUGCUGGGACGCCCCAAAACAAAGGAUAAAGAUCCUAAAAUCGGAGAUAACAACCAAGAAAAUUAACUGUGAGGCCGCUUAUUGAUGAAAUUACUAGAUCCACUCCUAAUCCAAAGCUUCAUUACCGCCAUCAGUGGCCGCCAAAGUACCCCGACAUGCUUUCUAAUUAAAUUGUAUAAACCGAUUUUAGAAAUACAUAUAUGAGUAUAAGUGACAUUUA